CCUGCUGAGAUCACUCAGAAGGUCGUCCAGGGUAUCCACGCUGGUAUCACCACUGUCGAACUUGACAAUUUGGCUGCCGAAACCGCCGCCUAUCUCACCACAAAGCACCCGGAUUAUGCUAUCCUUGCUGCCCGAAUCGCCAUAUCCAACCUUCACAAGGAGACCAAGAAGGUCUUCUCUGCCGUUGUGCACGACCUUUACUCUUGGGUCAACCCCAAGACUGGCAAGCACGCCCCUAUGAUUGCCGAGGACGUCUACCAGACUGUCAUGGACAACAAGGAGGCUCUUGACUCUGCCAUCAUCUUUGACCGAGACUUUGCCUACAACUACUUUGGUUUCAAGACUCUGGAGCGAUCUUACUUGCUCAGGAUCAACGGCAAGAUCGUGGAGCGACCUCAGCACAUGAUCAUGCGUGUCGCUGUUGGUAUUCACGGUGCUAACAUUGAAAAAGUCAUUGAGACUUAUAACCUCAUGUCUGAGAGGUACUUUACCCACGCUUCCCCUACUCUUUUCAACUCUGGUACGCCCCACGCCCAGAUGUCUUCUUGUUUCCUUGUUGCCAUGAGGGACGACUCUAUCGAGGGUAUCUACGACACUCUCAAGACCUGUGCGCAGAUCUCCAAGACCGCCGGUGGUAUCGGUCUCCACAUCCACAACAUUCGAGCCAAGGGCUCUUACAUUGCUGGUACCAACGGUUACUCUAACGGUAUCGUUCCCAUGCUUCGAGCCUACGAUGCCACUGCUCGUUACGUCGACCAGGGUGGUAACAAACGUCCCGGUGCCUUUGCCAUCUACCUCGAGCCUUGGCACGCCGACGUCUUUGAUUUCCUUGACUUGAGGAAGAACCACGGUAAGGAGGAAGUCCGUGCUCGUGACCUCUUCUAUGCCCUCUGGAUCCCCGAUCUCUUUAUGAAGCGAGUCGAGUCUGACGGCGACUGGACCCUCAUGUGCCCCGCCGAAUGCCCCGGGCUUGCCGAUGUCUACGGCGACGAAUUUGAGGCCCUCUACACGAGCUACGAAAAGGCGGGCAAGGGCAAGAAGACUAUCAAGGCCCAGAAGCUCUGGUUCUCCAUCAUGGAGGCUCAGACCGAGACUGGUAACCCUUACAUGUGCUACAAGGACGCCGCCAACUCCAAGUCCAACCAGAAGCACCUCGGUGUCAUCAAGUCUUCCAACCUCUGUACCGAGAUCAUGGAGUACUCUGCUCCUGAUGAGGUCGCCGUCUGUAACCUCGCUUCUCUUGCCCUUCCCGCGUUUGUCGAUCUCGAGCACCGAGUCUACGACUUCAAGAAGCUCCACGAGAUCACCAAGGUCGUCACCAAGAACUUGGACCAGGUCAUCACUCGUAACUACUACCCCGUCCCUGAGGCUCGUAACUCCAACAUGCGCCACCGACCUGUCGGUCUCGGUGUCCAGGGUCUUGCCGAUGCCUUCAUGGCCCUUCGUCUGCCUUUCGACUCUCCCGAGGCUAGACUCCUCAACAUCCAGAUCUUCGAGACCAUCUACCACGCUGCUCUCGAGGCUUCUUGCGAGAUGGCUCGAGACCAGGGUCGAUACGAGUCUUACGAGGGCUCCCCCAUCUCUCAGGGUAUUCUCCAAUACGACAUGUGGGGAAAGGAGCCUACCGAGCUCUGGAACUGGGUUGAGCUCAAGGCCAAGAUUGCCGAGCACGGUGUCCGAAACUCCCUUCUCGUUGCUCCUAUGCCUACUGCCUCUACUUCUCAGAUCUUGGGUUGGAACGAAUGCUUCGAGCCUUACACCUCUAUGCUCUACGCCCGACGAGUCCUCUCUGGUGAUUUCCAGGUCGUCUGCCCCUGGUUGCUGCGAGACCUCAUCAACCUCGGUCUCUGGGACGAAAACAUGAAGCAGAACAUCAUUGCUGCUGGUGGUUCCAUCCAGAACAUUCCCACCAUUCCCGACGACUUGAAGAGGAUCUACCGAACCGUCUGGGAGAUUUCUCAAAAGUCUGUCAUUGAUCUCGCCGCCGACCGAGGUGCCUUCAUCGAUCAAUCUCAGUCUUUGAACAUACACCUGUCCAACCCCUCCUUCCCCCAGCUCACUUCGAUGCACUUCUACGGUUGGAAGCGAGGGCUCAAGACUGGUUCUUAUUACCUCCGAACUCAGCCUUCCGCCCAGGCUAUCCAGUUCACUGUCGAUGCCUCCACUUUGAAGGCUGCCAAGGAGCAGAAGAACAAGCCCACUAUCGCUGCUUCCCCUGCUCCCAGCUCUGCCGCCGACGCUAUUGUCGCUCCCAUGAGGCAGGUGAGCAUUGCCACCACUGCUUCCAGACUCCCCACCCCUGCGCCCGAGGAGCAAUCCCGAGACAGGAGUCCCGAGCCCAGCGAGGAGGAGGAGCUCACGUAUGAGGAGGCCAAAAAGAGGGCCGAAGAAAGGGCCGAGGCCGCGUUGCAGUGUAGCAUUGACAACAAGGAUGCUUGUGUCAUGUGCUCUGGAUAA